GGCAAAAACCAAAAACACACAGAGAGAAAGUGGGAAAAAAAACCCCAAACUCCCAAACCCUCUCUCUUCGCGCCUUAACCUCUCUCUCUUAAUCCAAAGCUCAAUUCAACCAAAUUGAAGCCGUUUGCGCGAGCCAGAGAGAGAGAUUAGAGAGAGCAAAACGAGGAGGGCGAUACUGAUCCAGUGCGAUGCAGCAGCAUCAACCUCCGUCAGUCCCACCGCCAUCCAAGAGCGGUGGUGGGACCGGAGGCGGAGUGCAGGUGCGCUGCGCCGGCUGCGGUAAGAUCCUGACGGUGGAGGCCACCGAAUUCUCGUGCGACACGUGCCAAUUGCCGCAGAUGCUGCCGCCGGAGCUGAUGACCCGGGCCCCGGCCCAUGCCCCGCUGCCCCCACAUGGGGCCAACAAGGGCACAGUUCCUCCUCCGCUGCCGCCCCACGGGGCGGCCCAUGGCGUCGAUCCCACAAAGAUCCAGCUCCCCUGCGCCAACUGCAAGGCCAUCCUCAACGUGCCUCAUGGCCUCGCGAGAUUCCGGUGCCCUCAGUGUCAAGUUGACCUCGCCGUCGACGUGUCGAAGCUCCAACAGUUCUUCUCUCCCCGCCUGCCCCUGCCGCCUCCUCCCGAAGAGGUCAAUGAGGUAGCCAUUGAAGUGGAGCGAGAAGAAGAUGAAGGUGGCACGGCAGGAGAAACAUUUACAGACUAUCGCCCUCCAAAAUUAUCCAUUGGACCUCCUCAUCCAGAUCCUGUUGUGGAAACAUCGUCCUUGUCUGCUGUGCAGCCACCAGAGCCCACUUAUGAUCUAAAAAUCAAGGAUGAUCUGGAAAAUUCAAAGGCUUUAUCAUGUUUACAGAUUGAGACAUUGGUCUAUGCUUGUCAGAGACACCUCCAGCAUCUUCCAAGUGGAGAGAGGGCAGGAUUCUUUGUUGGGGACGGAGCUGGUGUGGGGAAAGGUCGAACCAUAGCAGGGUUAAUAUGGGAGAAUUGGCACCACGGGAUGAGGAAAGCAGUGUGGGUUUCUGUUGGUUCAGAUUUGAAGUUUGACGCAAGAAGAGACUUAGAUGAUGUAGGUGCCACUUCUAUUGAAGUUCAUGCCUUGAACAAGCUGCCAUAUUCUAAACUUGAUUCAAAGUCUGUUGGCGUUAAGGAAGGAGUUAUUUUCCUUACAUACAGCAGCCUCAUUGCAUCCUCUGAGAAAGGUCGUUCACGUAUGCAGCAGCUACAGCAGUGGUGCGGAUCAGGAUAUGAUGGCCUUAUCAUAUUUGAUGAGUGCCACAAAGCCAAAAAUCUGGUGCCUGAAUCUGGAAGUCAGCCAACACGUACUGGGGAAGCAGUUCUUGAGAUUCAGGCUCGGCUUCCUGAAGCUCGUGUUAUUUAUUGCUCAGCAACUGGGGCAUCUGAACCACGGAAUAUGGGUUACAUGGUACGGCUUGGUCUUUGGGGUCCUGGAACAUCCUUUUCUGAUUUCCGUGAAUUUCUAGGUGCUCUUGAGAAAGGAGGUGUUGGAGCACUCGAACUUGUUGCCAUGGACAUGAAAGCAAGGGGAAUGUAUGUAUGUCGGACUCUUAGCUACAAAGGGGCAGAGUUUGAAGUUGUUGAAGCACCGCUAGAACCUGAAAUGAUGGACAUGUACGAAAAAGCAGCAGGGUUUUGGACAGAGCUGCGAUUGGAUAUACUAUCAGCAGCUGCAUUUAUCACUAAUGAAAGGCCCAAUUCUAGUCAAGUCUGGCGAUUAUAUUGGGCUAGCCAUCAGCGUUUCUUUAGGCAUAUGUGUAUGUCAGCUAAGGUGCCGGCUGCAGUAAGACUAGCUAAGCAAGCAUUGAUGGAUGGCAAGUGUGUGGUUAUUGGCCUUCAGAGUACUGGAGAGGCACGAACAGAGGAAGCCGUGACCAAAUACGGUCUUGAACUUGAUGAUUUUAUUUCUGGACCUCGAGAACUGUUACUUAAAUUUGUUGAGGAAAAUUAUCCUUUGCCUGAAAAGCCUGAACCUCUUGAAGGAGAAGAAAGUGUAAAGGAGCUGCAGCGCAAGAGGCACUCAGCAACUCCUGGUGUUUCAAUGAAAGGGAGAGUGAGGAAAGUCGCAAAAUGGAAACCUGCAAGUGAUGAUGAAAGUGAUGAAGAAUCUGAAACUGAUUCUGCUCAUGAAUCUACUGAAUCUGAUGACGAGUUUCAAAUUUGUGAAAUUUGCAGUUCUGAGGAGGAAAGAAAGAAAUUGCUUCAGUGUUCCUGUUGUGGCCAACUGGUGCAUGCUGCAUGUCUUAUCCCACCUGUGACAGAUGUUGUAUCUGGAGAUUGGUCAUGUCAUUCAUGCAAGGAAAGAACAGAAGACUUUUUGAAAAAGAAACAAGAGUAUAUUGCUGAACUUACAAAGAGGUAUGAAGCAGCUUUGGAUCGUAAGUUAAAAAUAUUGGAGUUAGUUCGUUCUUUGAAUCUUCCGAACAAUCCUUUGGAUGAUAUCAUUGAUCAGCUUGGAGGCCCUGAUAAAGUAGCAGAAAUGACAGGAAGGCGAGGUAUGCUUGUGAGGGCAUCUGGUGGGAAAGGUGUUACCUACCAGGCACGGAACACGAAGGAGAUUUCCAUGGAGAUGGUCAACAUGCAUGAGAAGCAGCUUUUCAUGGAUGGCAAGAAGUUGGUUGCUAUCAUUUCUGAAGCUGGAUCUGCUGGUGUGUCUUUGCAGGCAGAUAGAAGAGCUGCUAAUCAGAGAAGAAGGGUACAUCUAACUCUGGAACUUCCUUGGAGUGCUGAUCGAGCAAUUCAACAGUUUGGAAGAACUCAUCGGUCAAAUCAAGCUUCUGCUCCUGAAUACAGGCUUCUCUUUACUAACCUUGGUGGAGAACGUCGGUUUGCAUCCAUUGUUGCAAAGAGAUUAGAAUCUCUUGGAGCACUAACACAGGGUGACCGCAGGGCAGGCCCAUCGUUGAGUGCCUAUAAUUAUGAUAGUGCUUAUGGAAAGAAAGCUUUGAUGCUGAUGUAUAGAGGAAUUAUGGAGCAGGAUUCUCUGCCUGUUGUACCGCCAGGAUGUUCAUCUGAAAAACCAGAGACAAUUCAAGAUUUUAUUGUGAAGGCAAAAGCUUCUCUCGUUUUUGUAGGAAUAGUUAGGGAUGUAGCUACUGGGAAAGAUUAUGGGAAGCUCUCUGGCCGUAUAGUUGAAUCAGAUAUGCAUGAUGUUGGACGUUUCCUCAAUCGAAUUUUAGGAUUGCCACCUGAUAUACAGAAUAGGUUGUUCGAGUGUUUUGUUAGCAUUUUGGAUCUUAUUAUCCAUAAUGCACGCAUUGAAGGGAAUCUUGACUCUGGGAUUGUUGAUAUGAAAGCUAAUGUUAUAGAGCUACAAGGAACUCCGAAGACUGUUUAUGUUGAUCAAAUGUCUGGAGCUUCGACAGUUCUUUUUACUUUUACCUUGGAUCGUGGGAUCAUGUGGGAGUCUGCGAGUGCCAUGCUUGAAGAGAAACAAAAGGAUGGGCUUGGUUCUGCCAAUGAUGGGUUCUAUGAAUCUAGGAGGGAGUGGUUGGGGAGACGUCAUAUCAUAUUAGCCUUUGAGAGUUCUACUUCUGGAUCGUAUAAGAUAGUCCGUCCUGCUGUUGGAGAGUCAGUAAGAGAAAUGCCUCUGUCAGAGCUAAAAAACAAAUACAGAAAAACUUCAACAUUAGAGAAGGCUCGCAGUGGUUGGGAAGAUGAAUAUGAAGUUUCGUCCAAACAGUGCAUGCAUGGGCGGAAUUGUAAGCUUGGCAACUUCUGUACUGUUGGCAGAAGACUGCAGGAAGUAAAUGUAUUAGGUGGCCUCAUUCUUCCUGUUUGGGGCACUAUUGAAAAGGCUCUUUCUAAGCAGGCCCGGCAAAGCCACAAGCGGCUACGUGUUGUGCGUAUAGAAACCACGACAGAUAACAGCAGAAUUGUCGGUCUCUUUGUCCCAAAUGCAGCAGUUGAAUCCGUACUUCAAGAUUUUGCAUGGGUUCAAGAAAUUGAUGAUUGAGAUGACGCAGUUGUCUGGUUGUAAAUUUUUGGUGAGUUGCUCUAUAUGACGUGUUAAUCUCGGAGGCACGGGAAUAGUUCCAGAAGGCAGAAGCCAAAUACCUAAGAAAUAGGAAACAGAUUUUUCUGCACACUAAUGGAAGCAGUCAUUGAUUUUGAUUUUUUGUUUCUCUCACCCUCCAUUGGCUCCAUUUUUUCCCCUAUUUGUAUAUCAUCGACAUUGUGGUUGAAGGCAAUGGAGGUUAGUCUACUAGGCUGUCUUGGUUAUAGUUCUGCUGGAACUAAUUUGUAUCAAUGUCAUACAGCUGUUAUUCAAAUGGUAGAUGAAAUAGAAAAUCUUCAUUUUUGUUCAA